GCAUCGCUGUUUGUUCCUGACCGCUGCUGCGGAGCCUCGUGAUAUGCGGAGCCUCGACUAGCUCUUUCGACGGCUCUCCAUUUCACUCAAUAUUUCACCCGUCGCCUUCCCGUUCACUUUGACCUCUACCUUAUAACCAGCAGAAGCGGGGAAUGAAGCAAUAUUCACAUCUUGCCGUCUGACAACUUCAUCCCGAGACGCAUUUUGUCCACCCAGUGUGUUUUUUCUUCUCUUCUCGUCGUUCGGCGAUAAACGGUGACGACUUGAUGAGACAUCAAGAGGACCAGUGACUGCCCCUGUUCAUUUUUCUCCUGCUGCUGGCAGGGUGACUGGGUGUUGGGUGGAUAGGGUAGUGGGGCGUCAUGGCGGACGUGGACCCGGACACAUUGCUGGAGUGGCUGCAGAUGGGACAGGGCGAUGAGCGGGAUAUGCAGCUCAUUGCCCUGGAGCAGCUCUGCAUGCUGUUGCUUAUGUCAGACAACGUCGACCGCUGCUUCGAAACGUGUCCUCCACGGACAUUUCUCCCAGCUCUGUGUAAGAUCUUCCUGGAUGAGAGCGCACCAGAUAAUGUGCUGGAAGUGACAGCCAGGGCCAUCACCUACUACCUGGAUGUGUCCGCUGAAUGCACCCGCAGGAUUGUGGGAGUAGAUGGAGCCAUUAAAGCCCUGUGUAACCGGCUGGUGGUGGUGGAGCUCAACAACAGGACCAGCCGAGAUCUGGCUGAACAAUGUGUAAAGGUUCUGGAGCUGAUCUGCACACGGGAGUCUGGAGCUGUAUUUGAAGCAGGUGGACUGAACUGUGUGCUGAGCUUCAUUAGGGACAGCGGUCAUCUUGUGCACAAGGACACAUUGCACUCUGCCAUGGCAGUAGUUUCUCGCCUCUGCAGUAAGAUGGAGCCACAGGACUCUUCCCUUGAGACAUGCGUGGAGUCCCUCUCUAGUCUGCUGAAACAUGAAGACCACCAGGUGUCUGAUGGAGCUCUGCGCUGCUUCGCUUCACUAGCGGACAGGUUUACACGGCGUGGAGUUGACCCAGCCCCAUUAGCUAAGCACGGACUGACAGAAGAGCUGCUGUCCCGUAUGGCUGCGGCAGGAGGGACGGCAUCUGGACCCUCCUCCACCUGCAAGCCUGGCAGGACCUCUAGUGGAGCCGCUCCAUCUGCUGCAGACUCUAAACUGAGCAACCAAGUGUCUACCAUUGUCAGCCUCCUGUCUACACUCUGCAGAGGCUCACCACUUGUCACACAUGAUCUCCUGCGCUCAGAGCUGCCUGACUCUAUGGAGAGUGCUCUGCAGGGGGACGAACGCUGCGUGCUGGACACCAUGCGGCUGGUGGACUUACUGCUGGUGCUGCUCUUUGAGGGCCGCAAAGCUUUGCCCAAAUCCACAGCUGGUUCUACUGGCCGUAUUCCUGGUCUGCGGCGUCUCGACAGCUCCGGGGAACGCUCCCACCGACAGCUUAUUGACUGUAUACGCAGCAAAGACACCGAUGCUCUCAUUGAUGCCAUUGACACCGGUGCAUUUGAAGUGAAUUUCAUGGAUGAUGUAGGACAGACUCUCUUGAACUGGGCAUCUGCAUUCGGAACGCAAGAGAUGGUGGAGUUCCUCUGUGAGAGAGGUGCUGAUGUCAAUAGAGGCCAGAGGUCAUCCUCUCUGCACUAUGCUGCCUGUUUUGGCAGGCCACAAGUAGCCAAGACUUUACUGCGCCACGGGGCCAACCCUGACCUGAGAGAUGAAGAUGGAAAAACUCCUUUAGACAAAGCAAGAGAGAGGGGACACAGUGAGGUUGUAGCAAUUCUCCAAUCACCUGGAGACUGGAUGUGCCCUGUCAACAAGGGGGAUGACAAGAAAAAGAAGGAUGUUAAUAAAGAAGAGGAAGAGGGCAGUGAGCCGAAAGGUGACCCUGAGAUGGCGCCUAUCUACCUGAAAAGGCUACUCCCAGUAUUUGCACAGACUUUUCAGCAAACCAUGCUGCCUUCAAUAAGGAAAGCUAGUUUAGCUCUGAUCAGGAAGAUGGUGCACUACAGUUCUGAAGUUUUACUUAAGGAAGUGUGUGACUCUGAUGCUGGACACAACUUGCCCACUGUACUUGUGGAGAUCACUGCGACUGUCCUGGAUCAGGAGGAUGAUGAUGAUGGUCACCUGCUGGCACUUCAGAUAAUUAGGGAUCUAGUGGAUAAGGGAGGUGACGUGUUUUUAGAUCAGCUUGCCAGGCUGGGUGUCAUUAAUAAGGUGUCCACUCUGGCAGGACCCACGUCAGAUGAUGAAAAUGAGGAAGAGGCCAAGCCUGAGAAGGAUGAUGAACCACAAGAAGAUGCCAAAGAGAUCCACCAGGGGAAGCCCUACCACUGGAGAGACUGGUCCAUCAUCAGAGGCAGGGACUGCCUUUAUAUCUGGAGUGACGCAGCUGCUUUGGAGCUCUCCAAUGGAAGCAAUGGUUGGUUCCGUUUCAUCCUGGAUGGUAAACUGGCCACCAUGUACUCCAGUGGAAGCCCAGAGGGUGGCUCUGACAGCUCGGAGAGCAGAAGUGAGUUUCUGGAGAAGCUGCAGCGUGCCAGGAGUCAGGUCAAACCAGUGACAGCCAGCCAGCCCAUCCUGUCCACACAAGGUCCCACCAAACUCACUGUGGGCAACUGGUCUCUCACUUGCCUGAAAGAGGGUGAGAUUGCUAUCCAUAACUCAGAUGGCCAGCAGGCCACUAUCCUCAAAGAGGACCUACCAGGCUUUGUGUUCGAGUCGAACCGAGGCACUAAGCACUCUUUCACAGCAGAAACCUCUCUAGGGUCCGAGUUUGUUACUGGCUGGACUGGUAAGCGAGGAAGAAAGCUUAAAUCCAAAUUGGAAAAAACUAAACAGAAGGUGAAAACCAUGGCCAGAGAUCUGUACGACGAUCACUUCAAGGCUGUGGAGAGUAUGCCGAGAGGUGUAGUGGUCACGCUGAGAAACAUCGCCACCCAGCUAGAGUCUGCUUGGGAGUUACAUACUAACAGACAGUGCCUCAUUGAAGGUGAAAACACAUGGCGAGACCUCAUGAAAACAGCUCUGGAAAAUUUAAUAGUCGUUCUCAAAGAUGAGAACACUAUUUCUCCAUAUGAAAUGUGCAGCAGUGGCCUCGUGCAAGCACUUUUUACUGUCCUCAGCAAUAGUGUGGAUCUAGACAUGAAACAUGAUUGUAAGCCUCUGAUGGAAAGGAUAAAUGUGUUCAAGACUGCGUUUACUGAAAAUGAAGAUGAUGAAAGCCGACCCGCAGUUGCCUUAAUCCGCAAACUGAUAGCUGUGUUGGAGUCAAUAGAGCGGCUACCUCUACACUUAUAUGAUACACCAGGCUCAGCGUAUAAUUUACAGAUUCUGACAAGGAGGUUACGCUUCCGCUUGGAGCGUGCUCCUGGUGAAACGGCCCUGAUUGAUCGUACUGGUAGAAUGCUAAAGAUGGAGCCACUGGCCACUGUUGAGUCACUGGAGCAGUAUCUGCUCAAGAUGGUGGCCAAGCAGUGGUAUGACUUUGACAGGUCCUCAUUCAUCUUUGUUAGGAAGCUCAGAGAGGGCCAGAGCUUCAUCUUCAGGCACCAGCAUGACUUUGAUGAGAACGGAAUUGUGUACUGGAUUGGCACCAACGCGAAGACUGCGUAUGAAUGGGUGAACCCCGCUGCUUAUGGAUUAGUGGUUGUGACCUCCUCCGAGGGCAGAAACUUGCCUUAUGGCCGACUUGAAGACAUCCUGAGCAGAGACAGCUCAGCCCUCAACUGUCACACUAACGAUGAUAAAAAUGCAUGGUUUGCCAUCGACCUUGGUUUAUGGGUCAUCCCUUCUGCGUACACACUUCGCCACGCUCGUGGAUAUGGUCGAUCCGCCCUCCGGAAUUGGGUAUUUCAAGUGUCCAAAGAUGGUCAGAACUGGAUGACACUCUACACUCAUGUGGAUGACAGCUCUCUCAAUGAGCCAGGGUCGACAGCCACAUGGCCUCUGGAUCCAUCCAAAGAUGAGAAGCAGGGCUGGAGACACAUUCGUAUUAAACAGAUGGGGAAGAAUGCCAGCGGACAAACACACUACCUCUCCCUGUCUGGUCUAGAGAUAUAUGGCACUGUUACUGGUGUGUGUGAGGACCAGCUGGUCAAGGUUUGUUCUGCAUUGUCAGGUAAAGCAGUGAAGGAGGCAGAGGCCAACUUGAGACGACAGCGCCGUCUCUUUCGCUCUCAGGUUAUGAAGUACAUCGUUCCAGGGGCGCGGGUGGUGCGUGGCAUUGACUGGAAGUGGAGGGACCAGGACGGCAAUCCUGCUGGAGAGGGCACUGUGACAGGAGAAGCCCAUAAUGAAAUAAGAAACAAUCUGUUUCACACUCUAAAGUUCACUGAUAAGUGUUUGAUUACUACUUUUUGCUCUCUUCAACUGUCAUUCCAUACUUUUUGUUUUUUGUUAGUUUGCUAUUUUGAAGUGCAACCUUUAUCCCUCCCCCCCAACUUAACAGGCUGGAUUGAUGUCACCUGGGAUGCCGGUGGCUCAAACUCGUAUCGUAUGGGUGCGGAAGGGAAGUUUGACCUCAAGCUUGCGCCAGGGUACGACCCUGAAUCAGCGCCGUCACCCAAACCUGUUUCAUCCACUGUUGCAGGCACACCGCAGUCCUGGAGCAGCCUGGUGAAAAAUAACUGUCCAGACAAGGGUGGCUCGUCCUCUACAGCGGGGGCCAGUUCCUCCAGCCGCAAGGGUAGUAGCAGUUCGGUGUGUAGCGUGGCCAGCAGCAGUGACAUAAGCCUCAGCUCCAGCCGAGUGGAGCGAAGGGUCGAGAGCCUGUUGGAGCAGGGAGUAGGCAUUGUCGGAGGGCCCCCGGGUGCGGAGGGACAAGAACCGAUAGUUGUGCUUUCCUCGGCAGAAGCUGGCUCCGUCUCCAGCACCAGCACACUAACGGCGGAAACGGGAAGCGAAAGCGGCGAGCGUAAAACACCAGCACCUGAUGGCACUUCGAGACAGACGGCUGAGUCGACCGCCAUCUCUAUGGGAAUCGUGAGCGUGAGCUCACCUGACGUCAGCUCGGUUUCAGAGUCGUCUAGUAAGGACGCUGCAUCCCAGAGGCCCUUGUGCUCUGCCGCCAGCGCACGGCUGUCCGUCAGCUCCCUUUUGGCAGCUGGAGCGCCCAUGAGCUCCAGUGCCAGUGUCCCCAACUUGUCCUCCCGCGAGGCCAGCUUGAUGGAGUCGUUUGUCCGCAGGGCACCCAACAUGUCUCGCACCAAUGCCACCAACAACAUGAACCUGAGCCGAAGCAGCAGUGAUAACAACACUAACACGCUGGGGCGCAAUGUCAUGAGCACUGCCACUUCUCCUCUUAUGGGUGCGCAGAGCUUUCCUAACCUUACAACCACUGGUACCACCUCAACUGUUACAAUGUCCACCUCCAUAGUAACCAGCAGCAAUAAUGUAGCCACGGCAACUACAGGUUUGUCCGUCGGCCAGUUGCUCAGUAACACGCUGACGACCAGCCUGACCUCUACAUCUAGCGAGAGUGACACAGGUCAGGAGGCUGAGUUUUCCCUCUAUGACUUCCUGGACAGUUGUCGGGCCAACACAUUGCUUGCUGAGUUAGAUGACGAGGAAGACUUGCCAGAGCCAGAUGAUGACGAUGAUGAGAAUGAGGAUGACAAUCAGGAAGAACAGGAGUAUGAGGAAGUUCUGGUACGGUCCAGGGUCAACCUUGGUUACCACGUUCAUAUUCAUAGGGAGGAAGAGGAGUACGAAACCAAAGGUGGUCGACGCAGGACUUGGGACGACGACUUUGUGCUGAAGCGACAGUUUUCUGCUUUAGUACCUGCAUUUGACCCUAGACCAGGCCGGACCAAUGUCCAGCAAACUACUGACCUGGAAAUCCCUCCACCAGGUACACCUCGCUCUGAGGUACAGGAGGAGGUGGAGUGCACACCCUCACCCCGUCUGGCUCUCAUCCUGAAAGUAGCAGGUCUAGGGACAACUCGAGAAGUAGAGCUACCUCUCACCAACUACAAGUCCACCAUUUUCUAUUAUGUCCAGAAGCUUCUCCAGCUCUCAUGCAAUGGUGCUAUUAAACCUGACAAGCUUAGACGCAUCUGGGAACCUACAUAUACGAUAAUGUACAGAGAAUUGAAGGACUCUGACAAAGAAAGAGAGAGCGGAAAGAUGGGUUGCUGGUCUGUAGAGCAUGUGGAACAGUACCUUGGCACAGAUGAAUUACCAAAGAAUGACUUGAUAACCUACAUGCAGAAGAAUGCAGACUCAACUUUCCUGCGCCACUGGAAAUUAACCGGCUCUAAUAAAAGUAUUAGGAAAAACAGAAAUUGUUCGCAGCUCAUAGCUGCAUACAAGGACUUCUGUGAGCGUGGCUGCAGAUCUUCAGGCCUGAGUUCAGGGACUUUGUCCGCCACGCAGAGCUGUGACAUCCUGAGUGCUGCGCGUGAGCAGGCUCAGGCCAAGGCGGGCACGGGCCAGAGCGCCUGCAGCGUAGAGGACGUACUGCAGCUCCUGCGCAUCCUCUUCACCAUCGGAGGAGAACCCUUAUCCGGCCGCACACUACAAGAAGAUGUGGAAGAGCUACAGUUCAAUGCAUCACCUGAGGAAUUCACCAGCAAAAAAAUUACAACCAAAAUCCUGCAGCAGAUCGAGGAGCCAUUGGCCCUGGCUAGUGGGGCUCUCCCAGACUGGUGUGAGCAGUUAACCAGCAAGUGUCCUUUCCUCAUACCCUUUGAAACCCGGCAGCUUUAUUUUACAUGCACUGCGUUUGGAGCCUCCAGGGCUAUUGUCUGGCUCCAGAACCGAAGAGAAGCCACUAUGGAGCGUUCCCGGCCAUCCACAACUGUUCGCCGUGAUGAUCCCGGCGAGUUCCGUGUCGGUCGGCUCAAACACGAGCGUGUCAAGGUGCCUCGUGGAGAGAGUAUGAUGGAGUGGGCUGAGAGUGUAAUGCAGAUACAUGCUGACAGAAAAUCUGUACUGGAGGUGGAGUUCCAGGGGGAGGAGGGCACUGGUCUUGGACCCACCCUGGAGUUCUAUGCCCUUGUGGCUGCAGAGUUCCAGAGGACUUCCCUUGGUAUCUGGCUCUGUGACGACGACUUCCCAGAUGAUGAGUCACGUCAAGUGGAUCUGGGCGGUGGCUUGAAACCACCUGGCUAUUACGUGCAGCGUUCCUGCGGCCUUUUCCCUGCUCCCUUUCCUCAGGACAGCGAUGAACUGGAGCGUAUCACCAAGCUUUUCCUGUUCCUUGGUAUCUUUCUGGCCAAAUGCAUCCAGGACAACCGGCUUGUGGAUCUGCCCAUAUCCCAGCCUUUCUUCAAACUGCUCUGUAUGGGCGACAUCAAAAGCAACAUGAGUAAGCUACUUUAUCAAAACCGUGUCGAGUCGGACUGCAACUUCUCUGAAAUCCAGUCUGAAGCCUCCACUGAGGAGGGUCAGGACACAUAUUCAGUGGGUAGCUUUGAUGAAGACUCCAAGUCAGAGUUCAUCCUUGACCCACCCAAGCCCAAACCACCAGCUUGGUAUCACGGCAUCUUGACGUGGGAGGACUUUGAACUGGUGAACCCUCACAGAGCACAAUUCCUGAAAGAGCUGAAGGCACUAUCUGUGAAGCGCAGGCAGAUCCUGGGCAAUAAGAGUCUGUCAGAGGAUGAGAAGAACACACGACUACAGGAUCUCAUGCUGAGGAAUCCUAUGGGCUCUGGCCCACCACUUAGUGUAGAAGAUCUAGGAUUAAAUUUCCAGUUCUGUCCAUCAUCCAAAGUACACGGCUUCUCGUCGGUAGACUUGAAGUCCAAUGGAGAGGAUGAGAUGGUCACCAUGGACAACGCUGAGGAGUAUGUAGAGCUCAUGUUUGACUUCUGCAUGCACACAGGAAUCCAGAAGCAAAUGGAGGCCUUUAGAGAGGGUUUUAACAGAGUAUUCCCUAUGGAGAAACUCAGCUCAUUUAGUCAUAAAGAGGUGCAAAUGAUCUUGUGUGGCAACCAGUCUCCAUCCUGGACCGCUGAAGACAUUGUUAACUACACAGAACCUAAACUUGGCUACACACGGGACAGUCCUGGUUUCCUGCGCUUUGUGCGAGUGCUAUGUGGAAUGUCAUCUGAUGAAAGGAAGGCCUUCCUCCAGUUCACUACAGGCUGCUCAACCCUGCCCCCUGGUGGACUGGCCAACCUCCAUCCACGUCUCACAAUAGUCCGGAAGGUUGAUGCGACAGACGCCAGCUAUCCUUCAGUUAACACGUGUGUGCACUACUUGAAGUUGCCGGAAUAUUCCUCCGAAGAGAUCAUGAGAGAGCGCCUCCUCGCUGCCACUAUGGAGAAGGGCUUCCACCUCAAUUGAGCAUGCUCUCCCUACAUCAUUGACCAACUCCCAUACUGGUGAAGCCUGUUGUGUUUUGUUGCAGAAAAUAAAGCUGUGCUCUGAUGAAAUCCCCCCCCCCCCCACCCCCCAAGCACCCAACAUGUACACAAAUACACAGGAAAAACAGUCCCAUUGCAGCUCCACUAGCUCCUGAAACUGAUUAGGGUCUCCUCCUCCACUGACUGCUACACAUGGCCUUUCCCAGGUCACUCUACUGCUUUAAGGGCUUGAGCCGCUGGCAGCCAGGGUAGUCUCUCCUCACCUACUGUGUUUACUGUCAUUACUCCAGGUCCAGUGUAAAUUUUGGCAUAGAUCAUCUUUUUCAGACUCAAACAUCACCACCUGCAGCCGCAGCGUCAGACCCUGGACACAAGCACACCUGCUUCUGUAGAGCUAACUAUAGAGUGUUUGGGCAUUUCCUUAACAGGUUUUAAGUUUUACUAGUGCCUGCAUUGUUGAAAUAUUAGGAUUUUUUUUCUUUCAUUUGUUUUACUUAAUCUGUCUGCAUACAAUCAUGCACAUGCUUUUUCUUUCUUUUCUUUUUUUGCUUCCGUUACUGUGUUGAGUAUGUUUUCAACUGUUCAUUUCCCUGCUAAAGGAUCAAAGUCCCUGAGUGCAUUUGUGUAAUUUUACAAUAAAGCUAUAGAUACAGAAACACUGGUUCUGUGUGCAAGGCACAUUUAAAAAAGAGAAAAAGACAAAGCAAAAAGCAAGCUGUGCUUUCCCUUGUAUUUUCUUUGUAUAUUAUAAACAUUUAUUUAACUCAAGUUGCAGUUUGAAGUAAACAAAUAUUUUCAAAUGUGUAUGCUCCAAAAAUAAUCAUUAAAAUGUUUGCAAAGUA